AUGAGUCCUUUCCUCCACGGUGAUCGAUCCCCUUCUCCCGAAGAGCCCACCAAAUUCGGCCCCGACAUCAAAGUAGCUGUAAUCGGCGCCGGUGUCAGUGGAAUCUGCGCAGCAGCAUAUCUCCUCAAAGAAGGCGCCGAUGUCACUGUGUUCGAGCGAUCCGGCGUCACAUCCGGAGUAUGGCACUACGACCCCAGAGCAGCGACCACAGACUACCCCAGCGAGAAACCUUCUGCCGGCGACUAUGUGACUUCACUCCCAGGACAAUUCUCAUCAAGCCGCACCAAAGAUGGAAGCACUGCUCAUCCCCUCGAGACUAAAGACAAGGACGAUCUCGACGUCGCCUUCUCUCCUCCCGGCCCCGCUUAUUUCGGUCUGAGGAAUAACGUCCCUACAAGUCUGCUCUACAGCAAUCUUGGUCCUUGGCCAAAAGGAACUGAGGAUAUCACUGGCCAUGAAAGCAUCCAGAGUUACCUCCAGGGUCUUAGCAAGGAAUUCGGCGUCGACGACGCAACGGUUUUUCACACGCGUGUUGAAGACGUCAAGAAGAGCGACGAUGAAGCCCACUGGGAUAUCCGAACGAUAACCCUCCUAAAAGGCGAUGGCGAACCCAAGAUAAUUGAACGCAAUUGGGAAUUUGAUGCUGUCGUGGUAGCGACGGGCCAUUAUAACCUACCUCGCAUCCCGGAUACCCCUGGUCUUACUGAAUGGAAAGCUCACUUUGGCGAUGAUGUCAUCCACACGAAACAGUAUCGUCGUCCGGAGCAGUUUGAAGGAAAGACGGUUUUAGUCGUUGGCGGGGGUGCGUCGGCGUAUGAUGUUUGCCGUGAGACUAGUGAGACCGCCAAGAGGGUUAUUCAGAGUACUAGAGGUGGAGACUUUGAUCUACCGCCUUCGAUGUUUCCUGGGAGCGUGGAGCACGUUGGAGAGAUUGAGAAGUUUGUGUUGGAGAAGGAUAAAGCUGGAGGAGUGGAGAGUCGAGUUGUCUUGAGUGAUGGAAAUGUUCUCGAUGAUGUUGAUGCUGUUGUUUUGGCAACCGGCUAUCUAACAUCAUAUCCCUUCCUGGCACAGUAUCAUCGCGAUGAUGUAUCUGCUGACAACGCAACACGAGAUAUUCUCAUAACCUCCGAGGGAAACAUGGUGCAUAACCUCCACAAAGACAUAUUCUACACCGAAGAUCCAACCCUCUCAUUCAUCGGCGUACCAUACUACACCGCAACUUUCUCUCUGUUCGACUUCCAAGCACAAGUUCUCGCUCGUGUACUCACUAGAAAAACAUCUCUACCUGAUAUUCAGUCUCUGCGACAGGAAUAUGACCAUCGUGUUGCUAGCAAGGGCCGUGGGAGGAAGUUUCAUAGUUUGGCGGGAGAUGGUGAAGAGAUUGAGUAUGUGAGGGAUUUACUGGACUGGGCGAAUUCCAGUCUUGUUAGUGAUGAGAUUGAACCGUUGGUUGGGCAUUCGAAGGAGUGGUUGGAUACGUAUAAUGAGCAGAGGGAGAAGAGGAAGUUGUUGAGGGUUGCGAAGGGUGCUGAGCCGGAGGGGUUAUGGGCGAGGCCUAGUGAUCUGGAGAAGGCGUAG